AUGGGUAAAAUUAAAAAACCUAAACCCACUAAGGAACUCAAGGGCGUUAUUAAACAGGGCAUGCUGUUUAAAAAAAGCGCCGGACAACACAUUUUAAAAAAUCCUUUAGUUAUUCAAAACAUGGUAGAAAAAGCCGCAUUAAAAUCUACAGAUAUUGUAUUAGAAAUAGGUCCUGGAACGGGAAAUAUGACCGUUAAAUUAUUGGAUAAAGCCAAAAAAGUUAUAGCUUGUGAAGUAGACGUCAGAAUGGUUGCUGAAUUACAAAAACGAGUUCAAUGCACUCCAUAUCAAUCGAAAUUGGAAAUCAUUGUUGGAGAUGUAUUGAAAUCUGAAUUGCCUUUUUUUAAUGCUUGUGUAGCCAAUAUACCUUAUCAAAUUUCAUCACCAUUAGUAUUUAAAUUAUUGUUACAUAGACCAUUUUUUAGAUGUGCAAUUUUAAUGUUUCAAAAAGAAUUUGCACAUAGAUUAGUCGCAAAGCCUGGAGACAAAUUAUAUUGCAGGCUAUCAAUCAAUACUCAACUUUUGGCUAGAGUCGAUAUAGUUAUGAAAGUAGCAAAAAAUAAUUUCAGACCUCCUCCAAAAGUUGAAUCGAGUGUAGUGAGAAUAGAACCAAGGAAUCCACCUCCACCCAUACAAUUUAAAGAAUGGGAUGGUUUGACGAGAAUUGCUUUUCUUAGAAAAAACAAAACUUUGGGUGCUGCAUUUAGACAAACAUCAGUUUUAGCUGUUUUAGAAAAAAAUUACAUGAUACAUUGUUCUUUGAAUAAUAUUGAGAUACCGAAUAAUUUUAAUAUAAAAGAAAAAAUUGAACCAAUUUUAGAAAAAAUAGGAGCAGAUUCUAAAAGAGCAAGAACUAUGGACAUUGAUGAUUUCUUAUCGGUGUUGUAUGCUUUUAAUGCAGAAGGAAUUCAUUUCAGUUAA